AAUGAUUAAUUAGUUAAUCAAGAAAAUGAUCAUCAUAAUAACGGAUUAUGAGAAUUCUGUUUGCACCCUGAACAGAUUCAUGCCAGAUUUACCGGCAGAUUUAAAUUUGAACUCAGUGAACUCAAGAUUUGAUGGAAUUUGAACAGAAACUAAUAAACCCUCUUCACUGUCUUGCAGGCUGUUACUCAGCGCUAACCUUUCUCCCUGAACUCCAGUAAAUGAAAGAGAAUGACUCAUUUUUUUAUUUCCCGUGAAUGACGGGUGAUAAUUGGUUGCCUCUGCUGCCCAACCGGCGCUCGUCGGUGCCGGUGCUGUCCGGAGACGAGCCGGAGCAUCCUCCAGCAUCACAUGCUGCUCUACCUGCUCUCCUCCAACAUGGACCAGCGCUCGGCCCUGACGUCAGCCGUCACCGCCCUGCCUGCAGUAUCCAGCGGAGCCUACAGAUGAUGAUGGAGGCGACGAGGAGCGGCCUCUCCGUCAAUCCCGUCCGGACGAGGAGGAAUUAGAGUGGAGAGUGAGUUUGGAGGAAGGAAAAAAAAAAUUGAGAAAUAUAAACUUUUCGGAGGGAACGCCGGAAGAAUCCGUGUCACAUCUGGCUGGAGGAGAGAUGCUCCGCGGCGGCGGAAGGCGAGGGAGCGGCGGGCUGAGCCGCUCCGGUCGGGGUGUUCCUCCUCACUUCGGCGGAGCUCCCGCGGAGGAGGCGCCUUAAAGGGGGCUUCGGGGAAGAAGACACCCAGCCGGGGUAAACAUCUCCCACCUCCGCAUCUACCUCGGACGCGCUGACCCGGAGGUGUAGAACAUACCUUUAAACGUCAGGGUGGAGCUGCGGGUUGUUUUAAUAAAUGAUGAGGGAUCCCGCUCAGGAUCGCUCUCAGCCCGAUCGCGGAAGGUGGAUUUGACGUUUCGUGCGCGGCAUUACACUGUGUCCUCCCUCCGAACAGCGACACAGGUGAUGUUAUGUCACCGGACUCCACCGCUCGAGAAGGAUGAUGAUGGCUGCGGGAUGGUGCGGGACGACCCCGAGCGUGCGCGACAGAGGCUCUCUCCGUGGAGGGCUGUUUAUGCAAUCCGACGCAGUGUUGCAAGUGGGCUGAUCUGAUGCUACUGUCUCCAUACGAUGCCCAGAACCGCCGGGCCUUUUGGUUUCUGUGAAAUAUGCCCGGGCCUCGCGAGGUGGACGAGCUGCGGGGGGGAUGAGGAGAUUCUCUGAACAACAGGGGGGCCCUUUCUGGAUUUAAAGCGGUGUGUGUGUGAGUGAGUGUGAGUGUGUUUGUGUGUGUGUGGAGUGGAGGGAGGGGGAAGCCAUCACGCCGCCACCAUGUCGAAAGUUGUCAGCAACAAGGAGAAGAAAUCCUUCAGCAAGAAGCUCUUCCGGAGGAGCUCGGUCCGCUCCGUGGGGAGCUUCAUGAACAGAGUUCUCCGGACUCUGUCGACUCUCUCGCAUUUCAGCACCGACGAGCAGGCCGCCGAGGACGAGAAGGACGACGCCGCCUCCAUCCCGACCACCACCGGGGGGUCCCUGCCGUCCGACGACAGCGACUGCGGGGGGUUCCCGUUCGGGGACAAGGUGCCGGGGGUCGCCGGGCUCAAGAACCACGGCAACACCUGCUUCAUGAACGCUAUCCUGCAGUGCCUGAGCAACACGGAGCUGUUCGCGGAGUACCUGGCUCUGGAGCAGUUCAGGGGCUCCGAGACGACGCCGACCAGCAGCAGCGGCGGCGGCGGCAGCAACGACAAGGCCAAGUCCAACGGGGUGCUGGUCCAGAAGAAGGCGAGCCAGCAGCAGCAACAGCAGCAGCAGCAGGAGCAGGAGGCGGGGGAGGUGACCGAGCAGCUGUCCGGGCUGGUCCGGGCUCUCUGGACCUUCGAGUACACGCCUCAGCACAGCAGGGACUUCAAGAAUGUGGUGUCGAGGAGCGCCCUUCAGUUCAAGGGUAACUCCCAGCAUGAUGCCCAGGAGUUCCUCCUCUGGUUGCUGGACAGAGUCCAUGAAGACCUCAACCACAUUGUCCACCCGGACAUCAGACCGCCCAGGAAGCCUCCAGUAGAAGAAGAAAAUCCCCCUGAGGGAUCUCCACUACCAGCACCUGGAUCUUUUGUACAGGAGCUGUUUCAGGCACAAUACAGGUCCUCGCUGACUUGCCCUCACUGCCAGAAACAGAGCAACACCUUUGAUCCUUUCCUCUGCAUCUCACUGCCAAUCCCGGUACCUCACACACGCCCGCUGUAUGUGACAGUGGUGUACCAAGGAAAGUGCUCCCACUGUAUGAGAGUCGGGGUGGCUGUGCCUCUCUCCGGCACCGUGUCCAGGCUGAGACAAGCUGUGGCCUCGGAGACCAAAAUCCCUGCUCAACAGAUCGUCCUCACUGAAAUGUACUACGACGGCUUUCACCGCUCCUUCUGUGACGACGACGACGACCUCGAGAUCAUUCAGGAGAGCGACUCCAUCUUUGCCUUCGAGACGCCCGAGCUGUUCAGGCCGGAGCAGAUCCGCUCCAAGCGAGGCGGGAGCCCUCAUGCAAAUCUCAACCAGAACAACCUGAAGUACGGCACCGACAAUAACAGGAUAUCCACACAGAUCCAGGAGCCCACCAGCCCGCCUCAGAGCCCCAACAAGAACAGCGGGCAGGCUGAGAAGAUCGUCCUGUUGGUGUGUAACAGAGCCUGCGCUGGACAGCAGGGACGCAGGUUUGGUAAUCCAUUUAUUCUGUAUUUGGAGCGUACGGUGACGUGGGAUGUGCUUCAGAAGGAGAUCUUGGAGAAGAUGAGGCAUCUUUUGCGCCCUGGGGUUUUUGUGCAGGUAGGGCCCUUCACUUUGCGUGUGGUAGGAGUGGUUGGGAUCACAUAUCUCUUGCCUCAGGAGGAGCAGCCGCUCUGCCAUCCCUCUGUGGAGAGGGCAUUCAAGUCUUGCGGUCCUGGAGGGCCGCCUCACGUCAAAAUCGUCGUUGAAUGGGACAAAGAGACGAAGGACUAUCUCUUCAAAAGGACAGAGGAUGAGUACAUCCCAGAUGCUGAGAGCGUGCGUCAAGUCAAGGAGCAGCAUCUGCAGCCUCAGACCUGCUCGCUUGCCCAGUGCUUUCAACUGUACACCAAAGAGGAACAGCUGGCUCCUGAUGAUGCGUGGCGGUGUCCGCACUGUAAGCAGCUUCAGCAGGGCAGCAUCAAGCUCAGUCUGUGGACCCUGCCGGACAUCCUCAUACUUCACCUGAAACGCUUCAGACAGGAUGGAGACCGGCGAAUGAAGAUGCAGAACAUGGUGAAGUUCCCGCUCACAGGCAUGGACAUGGCGCCCCACAUGGUGAAGAGGAGCCAGAGCAGCUGGAGCCUCCCCUCCCACUGGUCGCCGUGGAGACGGCCUUACGGGAUGGGCCGUGACCCGGAGGACUACCUUUAUGACCUGUACGCAGUGUGCAACCAUCACGGGACCAUGCAGGGCGGACAUUACACAGCUCACUGUAAGAACUCCAUCGAUGGACAGUGGUAUUGCUUCGAUGACAGCGACGUUCAGCCUAUAUCUGAAGAUGAUGUCUGCAAGCAGACCGGCUACAUCUUGUUCUAUCAAAGACGAGCCACGAUUCCAUCUUGGUCUGCCAACAGUUCUGUGGGAGGAUCUACCAGUUCGUCUUUGUGUGAGCACUGGAUCAGUCGGUUGAUGGGCAGCCGUCCGCCUAGCCAGGCCUCAUCCGGUUCAUCCAGACGCACCUCGUUGGCCUCCCUCUCUGAGUCGGCCGAGUUUGCUGGUGAACGGAGCGAGGACGAUGCAGGCCUAUCGAGCCGGCCAGCAGUAAGAGGCAUGCAAAGGCAAACAUUCUCCUCAAGAUCUUCCAUUGCCAGCCCGUUGGCGCUCAGCGAAAAUGGCACUAAACCAUCCUGGUCCCACUCCGCUAAGCUCCAGCUCCGUUCCAACUCUCCUUCCCGCUUCUCCCUGGAAUCCCACUCGUCCUCCCCGACACUGGAGAUGAUAGGAGAGGUGGUUGAUACCUCCUGUUUCACUGGGUCACCUAAGCCAGAAAAACUGUCAGGGGGCAAGUUGGCCCUCGCAGCUUUGGACGGUAAUCCGGGCAGUAAGAGGCUGAUAGAGCAGGUUCACUCCAAGGCUGUGGCACAGGCAGAGCAGAGGAUCUCCCUCCAGGCUGGGGAUAACAACAAUGUAGUCACUGGUGCCGAACAGGUCAGCCCUCGACACGGAGCAGCUUCGAAGGAGCCGAAACAAAGAAAUGGGUCUGCAGAUAGCACUGGUUCUAAAAGGAGCUCAACGAAGACCGGGUUAGAGAGUGAAAGGAGUCCCAAGAAGCGUCCUGCCACGUCCUCAACGUCCUCCAGCUCAUUGUCUCCCGCAUCCCCGGCCAUUGACAAGUUACAGUCUCGAACACAGGCCAAGAGUGCAGCAUCUGCGUCCAACCCCAAGGACAAAAGCGAUGGGCCGCCUAAAACUAGCAAGGCUGGUUCCUCCAGAACUGCAACCCCCUCCAAGAAAGGAUCAUCGCAAACCCCGGAGGUGAAACAUUCUGACUCUGCCCAGCAGAGGAAGAGCGGUUCUCCGGGAUUACAAAGCUCACACCCUCAGAGGAAGACAUCACCCAGAUCAGGAGGCGAGAAAAGCUCAGCCUCAGCAAGGACUAGAGCAGCAGACAGGAGCACUAGCCGUGAAUCCUCGCGGGCCAGCGCGGCCCCAGAGAGGAAGGUUAGCUCUGGAGGUCCUCCCUCCAGGUCGAGUGCUGCAAGUAGAGCGGAGGGCAAGCUGGGCCGCGCCGCGGAGAACAAGCCUCCGGGCCGCAGCUCGAGCAGUAGCUCGUCCAUGGCUAGUCUCCGAUCCUCGAGUGUAGGUGUUUCCUCUGCAAGUGCGGCCCCACCAUCACGGGGACCUCAGAGGAACAGUAAGACAGAGGAGAAAGGUUUGUCUUUCUUCAAAACUGCUCUGAGGCCCAAAGAGACCCGCAAGUCAACUGAUGGUGGGAAAGCAGGGGCGGGAGAAGCCAAAGGAAGUCCGGAGGAUGGUGCUGGGGACGCAGCUAAGGAGGUAAACCCACAUGGAGCGGGCAAGAAAGCCCAGAAUGUCGCUUCAGAGACGAACGUGACCACAGCCAAAGAUAAGGAAUCCUCGAAGGCGUCCGCUGCAGCUAAGCAUUCACUGCUGCCCUCCACGAAGUCCAAAGUUUCUGGAGCAGAAACAACCACACAAUCCUCUGCCAACACAAAAGAUCCUUCAAAGAAAGAGCCUGCGAAAAAGACAAUGCAGUCGAGGAAGAUCCCCAUCAACUCCACACAAACUAGCCAGAGGUCCAAGUGACGUUAUUUUAGUCAGCCUCACCACAAUCUCUCUCGUGCAGCUCUGAGGUGUUUUCAACCAUCAACUAGACCAAGUGUCUGACAAACAUCUUUAAAGCACCUGUAGCUCUACAGUGGUUACUGAAUACCAGCUGCCAUACCGGACACCUACCUGUCCACGUUGUUAAAUAGUUAUUUAGGAAUGGAUUUUAACGAAGCACUUUGUAUGGAUUGCAUUGAUUUUGAGGAAUAUUAUAAUGUAUUGUAAAUAAGCAUGGACUGCACAUGUAUUGACAUUAUUGCCUUGUUCUGUCUGUAGCAUAGUUGAGAGACGUGCAUCUCAGUACGAGGUGAGAAAUAAAAGUGACUUUGCACAAGAUGGGAAGCAGAUGUAAUAUUGGAACGGACUGCUCAGUCACCAAAGGAAGUUUACCGGCAAUUUUUGACAUGCUGAUGCAGUGAAAUUGAUUUCCAAAAAAAUAAAAAAAAUUCUUUAUGUACAGCUCUCCCUCACUACCGAGAGCCAUAUGUCGACAACAAACAUCAGUGCCUCAGAUAAUCAAAGUAUUUAAUCUAAAUUGUAUAAACUGCAGGUGUUGGUAAAUUUAUAAGUCAAUUUUAAUAUUUAUUAAGCACUGAACAUGUCGUUUCAAGUAAAACACGAUUUAAGCCUAUUUAACCUGAACUGCUGUUUACAUUAUGCUCCUUGGUGUAGUUAUCGUGCAACAGCCUUUAAAGAAGUGUUUUUGUGCAGAGACUGUCAUCGAGAGGCCGACAGAGAGAGAGAGAGAGAGAGAGAGAGGAGAAGUGCAGGAAUGAAGCAUGUGUCGUUGGUGUUUAAUGUCUGGAGACCUCCGGUUCUUAAUGGUUCUUAAAUGUUUGUGUUUUUAUUUACCUGUGAUAACCAGUUACCCCUCAGACAAACCGCCGCCGCCCGUCACCACCUCUGCCCUCCAGCUGCUGAUACCACGAAAGAUCAGCCCUCCUCAGACUGCCAGACAUCUCCGAAACAUUCCUCUCAGACGAACACAGGGUUAAAUGUUGAAAAAAAAAAAAAAAAGAAAAGAAAAAAAGAAAAAAAAGAAGCCAUCUCGCACACAGACGACAUAUUCGCAGACGGCUGGGGCGGUCGUGUUCAAGAGUACAUGCGCGCGGAGCAUCGUGGUAUGUUUUGAGUCCGCCCAUCCUCUGUCCACAUCACAGCUUGUGCACAUCUUUAGCUUGCAUCACGGAGUAGAUCAGCACUGAAACGCACCGACACGGAUUGAGAUCACCGCUCAUGAAGUAUACGACAGUUGUUGCAUGAACAAAAAGAGGAAAAAAAAAAAUUGCUUAUGCAUGCACUUAACUAUGCAAGCAGAUUCUUGCUAAUGCCCACACUGAGUAUGUAGACGUGCUACUCUUGGAUGUGUAUAUAUUUCUAACUGUAUAUUUUUCCAAAUGCCAGCAUCGGAGAGCAUGGUACGGCAUCCUUUAUUAAAGCUUUGUUUGCACAUUUCUUCAAAGUAAUAUACAUUUUUGUAUGAAUGAUAAGUAUUGCUCAUUCACUCCCUCAAAGUAAAUCAACUCACUUGCAAAUUGACGUUUUCUGUAUUCAUUUUGUCUCAUUCUUCCUCACAGUUCCCAAGCUUUUAAAAGGGGCGCUAUGUGGAUUUGGAGAAGAAAUUCAAAUUCGGAAAAGUUUCUUUUUAGAACGGUGGCAGGGUCCGCCAAAUGUAAACACAGCAAAACAGUCUGAAAUCGUGUUGUCCUGUAAGGUCAGUGUGUUUAUUCAGCCUGUUUAGGCAUAUAAAAGUUCAGUCAAAGGGGAUAUUUCUCCUCUGGUUUCUUCCCCAAAACUACAAAGUGCACCUUUAACAACUUUUUUAUAUGGCGUUGGGACAUAACAUUGCUGCAGUUUACAAGUUUCAUACUCUGUGAGCGUUGAGAAAUUAAGACGGACUGAAGACGGUAGUGUUUUAUAAGAUGUCUGUUACACAGUUGGACAGGUUUAAGAUGAGAACUCAUUCUUUGUUACCACGCUGUCGUCUGCUUUUGUCUGCAGAUUCCAACAACAAGAAGACAAAAAAGUAAUGAUGCAAAAUUUGAUACUGUUUUUAUCCACUCAAUUCUUGUAUUAUCGAACCUGUCUUAAAGGAAGAAAAAACAAACACCCACAAGACAUAUUUCACUGUGAACGAUAGCGCUUGGAAGGCAUCAUUAAAAUACAAAUUGAAUAAUGACAGUUGCGUUGAUGUACGUCAAGAGUUAACGAUUUGCUUGAAUGUCAGGGUCACAGUGCAGGAGCGUCAGCCGAGCAGCCGGACCACGAGCUGCUCCACAUGGCUCUCUGGCACACGGUGCAGAAUUAAAAAAAAAAAAAAAAAAA